GAUAUUCCACUGAAGGCAAAAGCUGUACGUACUACGCUGAACAAACCGAGACCGAUACAGCGACCGAGAGCACAGCGAAACACAACUGACUUGAGUUUUUAGUAGAAGAAAAUUUAUAAAGUGAACAAACAACAGGCAAUACGCCAGUGCACAAAAUAUAACCACGAGUCGAUAUAUCGACGAAGGCCUACAAUUAAAACUGUAAAUUACGCGACAUUUUCCUACGGAACACAAAACUCUGAGGGAGCAAAUACUAAAUUCCAAUUAAACCACCGUAAAUCUACAAAAGCAACUGCAAACAUGAGCGGCGAUCGCCCGAAGCGUCCUCUGUCAGCGUACAUGCUGUGGCUCAAUGAGACCCGUGAACAGAUCAAAAAGGAAAAUCCCGGCAGCAAGGUCACGGAUAUUGCCAAGCGAGGCGGUGAGCUGUGGCGCGGCUUGAAAGACAAAACCGAAUGGGAACAGAAAGCCAUCAAAAUGAAGGAGGAAUACAAUAAGGCGGUAAAGGAGUACGAGGCAAAUGGCGGCACCGAUUCCGGUGCGCCCAAGAAGCGAAAGAAGGUCGCCGCCAAGCCCGCCAAGAAGGCCAAGAAGAAAGAGUCCUCCGAGGAGGACGAAGAGGAUGAGAGCGAGUAAUAUGCUAAGGCGAGUGCAAUGGCAACGUUCGCAUCAGUUUUAAAAUACAUUUUACUAAUGUAAUUUUUUAAGUGACAUAAAACAAAUGAAAAACAAUUAAGAAAAAACCACAAGAAAACACAAAAAAAAGAAAACCUUAAACCUUUAAAUAUGCACUUAAAACAAACAACCACACACACACACACACACACACACACACCAAGAACCAUAAUAUAAGUUACAACAUAAUUUUCAGUCAAAAAAAGAAAAAACAAAACAAACAAAAAAAAACCAAAACAAAACAUAAAAAACAAAACAAAAAC